CUUGCCGUCACGCACCGGAAUCAGGGUCAUACCGUCAGGUCGCUUGCCGUGGAGAUCUGACAGUCCGGAAGGCUCGCUUUUACACGGAUAUCCCGCGGUCUCCAAACCACGCUUAAUCUCGUUGUUCAUCUCGACAUGGCGCGACCACCUACCCUUGCUGCUUGAACAAGACAAGCCGUGGUGACCGUUUGUUUCUACAUGGCUUCCGCAAUUUACACAGUCGUGUUCCUCUACAACUGGAAGUCCAAAACGGAGGGCAACGCCAACUCUCACCUCUUCGUCCCGAAGGAAUGUGCGCAGAUUUGGUGCCGGGAGUGCAUUUAACCAUGCACCGGAGUCACGAUGUAGAGCGGCCAGCAGUACAGCUUUAUCGGUUUCGUUCGUGGCGGCUAGCAGCAGCGCCGACAGCACAGAGUCAAUCACUGGACGAUCCCAGGCCCGUUGAAACUUCCUGUUCUCUUCUGCAGGUGGUUCACACUUACUCCUGUCGGUCCACUGCCGCACAACCGGACCUAGGAGCUCAACCGUCGCAGGCUGGUAGAUUUCCGACAUCUUUUAUAACUGCUGACGUGCUGUAUAACGGAGACCUUAGAAGUUGGAAGCAUUAUUGGAUACAUUUGGCACGAGACAUUCGUGGAAAGCCAUGUGUUUCGUGUCGAACCAUUCCGAUUACCUGGAAAAUCUUUUACCGUGGAUGUGACGCUUUUCUACAGGGAAUGUUGUCCAUGUGGUUGGUGGCUUGCGCAGUGCGAACCCGGUUCGGAAUUAUGGUCGACUGGUUUGAGUGCGUUGCUGGACGUGCGCAUUUUCUUAUCGAAGUAAAACAUUUGGAUUAUGCAGGGAAACGGGCAUAAUUUAUCUCUGACUGUGAACAAGUUGGAAAGCUGACGGAAAUGCAUAGAAUCAACGCAACCCAGUAAUAUGGGUCGCUGCUGUGUUAACUGGUUUUUGGCAUUCCCACCGACUCUAAGACGGGAGAAUCCUUGUGUCAGGCAACGUUCCCUUUUAAGGCAUCGCAGGAAACCCCAUGGCUGUUAGGCCACCAUACAGUAUACACAAACUCGUCACCCGCAAACCUCAUUCAUCGGCAUUCACGAUUAUAAAGGCUUCCGACGGCCGCUGCAACCUACAUGGCGUCAAGAAACACAGCAGGUCCCGGUCCUUGGAUAGCUCCCCGGGACACCGGAAUCCACUCUUCGACGUUAUACAAUAUGCUUGCAAUUCUCAGCCGUGUUGUGCUCGUAGCAUAAUUUGGGCUUCUGUCGCGGAGUGUGGUGACGAGUGUGUUCGGCCAGAUAAGAAUGUUCGGCCAGAUGUUCGGCUUGGAUGUUGGAACGGUAGAAGAAUUGGACGAUCUGGAUCCUAUCAAUCGCUGGCUGGCCAUUAAGCCACGGUCGCCGUGCUGCAGCCGCUGCUCGUAUCCUGACGUGGUAGAACGGCAACCCCGAUGGAGUUGCGCGGAACCUGGGCCGUGCUGGUUCGGCAAAACGCCCAGUAGCCUUGCUUCUACAGCAAUGUGCAUUGUGGGAGAAGCAUCAUUGCUGGGAAUAACCGCCGUUGGAUGUGCAGCGCGUAAUCCAGUGCUUAACUGAUCGGAUGGAUGCCGCGAUCAUGCCUGGAAAGCGAUGGAGUUGUAUUGGCGGAUGAUUGGCCGCGCCGGUAUUGUUCGUACGAGUGUUUUUGUUGUCCUCCCGUGAAGCGUGAGAUGCCGAAUCCUUUUGCAAUCGGCCGACGGAUACACCGGGCACGCUGCUGACGACUGCCGCGUUCAGCAUUGGCGGUGCACUGAGUGCACCGGUCCACCAGACUGCCCGUCAUAAUAAACGCCUUCAAUUGCACGCUGCACCUGGAGCCAUUCUUCUGCACCGGAAAUACACCGCGACAGUAUCCCUGGUUAUCGAUAAAUACUGCACAAACUGUAUAUAUACUGCAUAUACAUUGGCAUAUGCCGAUUUCUGUGCUAAAUGUUUCACUUUUGAUGAUGUCCUUGGAGAAUGAUUCAUGACGUAUCGGUCGGGUCAGCAAUCAUGAACGCGACAACGCCGACGUCCACGGCGAUCAAGGUCACCCAGGAAUCUCAAGUCACCAAGAAGGAAGCGAGAGUGAACUGUGGCAUUUGCGGGAAGUCGUAUGCCAGCAAGAAAAGCCUAAAAAUCCAUCUACGUCAGCACACCGGCGAGAAGCCGUACGCGUGCCACUUAUGCCCCAAACGAUUUAGCCAGACCAAUAUUCUCAAAGCGCAUCUGGAUUUCCACGCCGGGCGGCGUGACUGGGCGUGUAAUAUCUGCCAGAAACGCUUCACGCAGUUAGCUCACUUGCGCACCCACCAAAGGAUACAUUCCGAGGCCUCACGAGAUCAUACCUGCUCAAGAUGCGGAAAAAGCUUCAGUUCCAAAGGUUCGAGAGAAAGGCACGAGCGCCGUCACACCGAGGCCAAACCCUUUAAAUGCCAAAAAUGCCCGAAACUGUUCACCCGUUCCGCCACCCUCCAACAGCACCUCAACGCCCACCGGGGCUUCAAACCGUUCGCCUGUCCCUUCGAAAAUUGCGAGCGCCAGUUCACAACGAAAUCCAGUGUGCGACGUCACUGCCGGGAGACUCAACACGCAGCGGAAGCCGAGAGCGACCGGGACAGUACAGUUUCUUCGGGGCGCGAUUCCGGUUUCGAUUUAAAUUCCUCACUGACCAGCAGCGUGUCCAUCGCCCCGGAAAGUCCGGUGGUAAUUAAAGUGGAAGAGCUGGACGAAAUGCACGAGAUGGACAUGUACCGCAAGGUCAUCGGCAACCUGACCGAAUCGCAGUUGGAGCGUCUGGAGGAGUACCUGCAAAUCGCCAUGGAUGACCGGGAAACCGACGUCGAUGAUCAAGUAGCGUACACCGUCAAAAAUGAAGCAAUAAACGAAAACGCGGAAUCGCUGAUCGAGAAGGCCAAAUUAUUGACCGGCCGUGGGGAAUUUUCUGCCGCAGCUAUCGUGGCGCGCAGUCCUUUUGCCGAUUCAAGUUAUUUGUGUUCCGGAGAUGAGCAGCGUUAUUUUUUACCUAAGGACACUUUCGGCAGUAACCACUGGAAUUACUGUCACGGUCCGUCACUCGGAGAAUUCGCUUACAGUGGCAAUUUCGCCAUGAUCGAUGGCUAUAUUAUGGAAAGCCGUUGGCUGCAUUUUACGGGAGCGUAUCCCGUUGCCACUUCUUCGUGUGUAGACGACGACAGUAGCCAAGUGUAUGCAUUUGAUGGACCACCGACGUACUACGAACUUCCUUGAAGUGUUCGACGGUUAUUAAUGAUUCUGUUUGCGUCAGAUGGAAUCGUGUUGACCGUGGGAUCAGUUCUUCGGUAUCGGCCGCUUUAUUAGCAUUUCUCUGUUACUGCUCAUGGAAUACAGAUCGUGAAUGGUGGAGUGCUCAGAAUGUCAAGGGAAUUUUAUUCUGGAUUGGUUGAUCCGGAACGAAUUCCCUUCUUGAUUGUGGGAUGUGAUAUUUGGAAGGAUCUUCAUUGUUUUUAUGCCUGUAUUUGUUUAUGAAGUUUAUACUGAUCAUGUUAACCACCGCCGGCUCACUAACUGCAUUGGUUGCUCAUUCCAUACGGAACCAUGACAUGUCGCGAUAUUAAAUUUUUACCAUAACCAAUCGCUGGUGUUUUACAGAUUGCUCCCGUCAGUAAUAACCAUAAAACCUACAAAAGUCGUGAGUGAAAUAAAGA